CACCACCAAGCUAGGCACCAGGGAGAUGACAGAGAUGGACCCCAAAGCCAUACAGGAUAUCACCUUGGUGGUGGAGACGCUCUUGCGGCAGAGGCAAGACAAGUUUCAGAUCAUGUUGGACCAGAUCAUUGGAAGGAUCAAUGACAUGAGCAGUCGCAUUGACCAUCUGGAGAAAAAUAUUGCUGACCUCAUGACGCAGGCUGGAGUGGAAGACCUGGAAGGUGAAAAAGAUUCCAACUGCACAUAGGAGUUGAAAGCUGCUGUUAUUCGCACUGAAUCCAUAAUGUUGCUUUCCUAAGCCAAGAGAAAACCAAGCGGCUUUCUGCAACUAACUGCUAUGU